CUUAUACUGUGUGUGACUCAGGCAUUGGAUCAUAUGUGCCGGCCUUCUCCAGCAAUACUAAUUUACAUUUUUGCUCUCAUCUGCUUCUUGAACGGCUACCAAGAAAGAAAAUACCGUAUUAGCAGGCACACCUCAAUCAAGAAAUAGCCGGAGAAUGCACGAGUGCUACACAAACCACUCCUAGUCUUCACUUCGCUAUCGAGAAAACUGUCUAGGAGAGAGCAACACCACCAGGAGUUAAAAAGAUAGCGGCUUGGAGCAGGGCGAUUUGACAGAACUAUCACCAACAGUGAGGAGCAUCAUGGCGGAGCCAGACUACAUUGACAAUGACUGUGAUGAGUUAAUCAAGCCCAAAAAGAUUGUCAAUCCUGUGAAAUCUUCAAGGAACCACCAGGAUCUUCACAGAGAACUCUUAAUGAAUCAGAAAAGGGGCCUGGCCCCUCAGAACAAGCCUGAACUGCAGAAGGUGAUGGAGAAACGGAAACGAGACCUGGUUGUGAAACAACAGAAGGAGGAGGAAGCCCAAAAGAAGAGGACUGACCUGGAGAUCGAGCUCAUGAAGAGGCAGCAAAAACUGGAGCAGCAUGAACUUGAAAAACAGAAGAUGGAAGAAGAGCAAGAGAAUACUCCAGAGUUUGUCAAGAUGAAAGGAAACCUGAGGAGAACAAAACAGGAAGCCGAGCAUCAAGACCACGACACUUAAACCAGCACAAGGAGUCCCUGGCACUUAUUGACAACAUCCACAUCCGGCGGGAAUUUUCCAGUUGUAUAGGUCUUGUUUCCUUAUAAGCAGGAGAGACUGUAGAUUAAAGAUCCCAAGCAGCUUGUAUUUUUGGAGGCUUACCAGUAUUUACUUCAUUAUUGUCACUGAAGAUGGGCAGUUGUGGGAGGAUCAGUUUGCCACUAUCGGGAGCAGAUGAAUUUCAGUUGAAACUAAAGUUUGUUGCCUUGAGAACAGAACUUAAGAAUAAAGCCAGAGAAAGCUACUUGUAUUUUCUUAUUAAAGAAUGGAAACUUGGACACUGGAUGAACUCUUGGAACUGCAUUGAAAUGUUUGUCAGCCAAAUUCAGUGCUGUUAACGCAGUCUUAUUUAUGUAUUAUUAUUUUUUGCCUACAUAGGAGGUUAAAAUGUUAAGGUGUUUUUGUGUGUGUUAUUUUCUAAACUGAAAAAAAUGUUUUCUUCUAAUUGUGGAACCUAAUGAAGAACCAUUUAACUGUGUAAUCACAUUGCUUGCUUUUUUUAUUCUUUCGUUUUCCCUCAGCGAUUCCUGUUUUACAUUAUGCUAGAACUCCAGGUGUGGGAGUGUAUAUAAAAAAUAUAAAGUUUUUUCUUUAUAUAUGUUUUUUUAUUCAAAUAAAUAUAAGGUUAAAAUUUGAAUUUUAUUAGGUUUUACCCUUGCCAAUAUUUCUAUCCACAAAAUAUUUGGAGUUUUGGCUAAAUAUAACAAGAAUUACAAGGAAAUGCUGUUAACUUUUAACAUUUUGUAGAAGUUCUGGUAAAAGCUUUUAAACUUCACUGCUAUUACAGUUUGGUAAUUAACUUGCUUUCCUUUUGUUUUUUAUUUGUCCAUGGUAGCACAUUGUCUUUAAAUAAAGAUAACUUAUGAAUGGCG